AUGAAACACAUUUGGCGCUACUCGGGACUGCUAUUGCUACUACAGCUCAAUCAGUCACGUGCUGCCGACUGCACAGCACUUAAACAAAACCUUUUGACCUCAUCUGGUUGUCCUUCCAAUUGUGCAGCAAAUCCAUGUGUACUGUACUCACCCUCUCAGAAAGAAUGCAUUAAGCUCGGGUCAAGCGGCCCGUGUUACAGUGACAGUAAAUUUGAGGUACCAGGGACGAAUACUGAAUGUAAUUUAACGUAUCAGUGUCUGGAUACGCUCUUGUGGGAUAAAAAUCAGUGGCUUUUGGCACUUGAAGCUAAUGCCAAUACAGAAGAUAAGACGAUGGCAUAUGUGACGCAGAUUGCAGAUUUGAGUUAUAGUAGCUCUACCUUAUCAGUUCAAUUACAGGGAACUCCGACCGAAUCAACAGAUAAGAACAACAUUAAGAAUAUUUUGCUGGACCAGACGUUCUUUAACACGCCAAAGAGCGUUGUCAGCAUGUUUUUGAUCAGUGUGAACUUGAGAAAAAUUAUCUCGUCCGUGUCACUUGUGACGACAUAUUCGGUGUUGUAUUUGAAAAAUACCAACCUUGUUACAGUUCCAGAGCAGAUGAGCUACUUUUCUGCUUUGGUGAAGCUGGAUCUAUCAAUGAACUACAUCUUGGAUCUGCCUGUCAGCACCAGCAAAAUCUGGACAGGCCUCAGCACCGUGACCGACCUAAAUUUGGCAGACAACAUGCUUACAGACUUUCCUGUCGUGUUAAAUAAACUGCAGACACUUAAUCUGACAGGAAACCCCUAUACAAGUAUCCCGGACAAUGUCUUUAGCAUGGCAGAAUCCGGAGCACUCAAGUACCUGUACAUGACCAGUUGUAAGUUAAUGAAUGUACAUGUGUCGGCGUCGCAGCUAGCUCUGCUACAGAAUUUGGCGGCUUUUGAUGCUGACGUGACGAUUACGGAUUGUGGCUCGGGUUACUCGGCUACGACGCUGAAUAAUGCUAAUGUACAGGUUUGUGUGGGGUCAACGUCGUCCAAUGGAGGCAGCAGUCAUACGCUACCCAUCGUGCUAGGUGUAGGCUGCGGUCUCCUGGUGCUGGUUAUUAUCGGAUUCUUGUGGUAUCGCAAAAAACACGGCGGUCAGUUUGCAACAAAGAGCGGGUCGACGAUUUUUGGCACAGAUCUUGGCUCGAGUCUUACAGGCGGCGACACGACAUUUGGUUCGUCAAUUUGGAAUGACCCAGAUUUGCUUGCAGCACGGAUUGAGCACCGCGAUGUGGAAGCUGUGAAGCUGCUCUCUCGUGGUGGUUUUGGUGAAGUAUGGCUAGGUCUGUACAUGAAUGAAAAUGUUGCCAUCAAGCGACUGUUGGGUGACAAGAAAACAAUGCAGGACGCGCUGGCAUUUGCGACAGAAAUCAAGGUAAUGGCACGUUUGGAGCACCCCAAGAUUGUUCGCUUUAUCGGUGUGUCAUGGACCAACGCACUAACUAUUCAAGCCGUGACCGAGUUUAUGGAUUGUGGUGACCUCAAAUCGCUGUUGGACUCGAGUCGUGCCAGUUCGUUGACGUGGGCUAAUUUGAAGUGCCAGAUUGCCAUUGAUAUCGCCGAUGCACUCGUAUACAUGCACACGUUGAACCCAAAGCUCAUUCACCGUGACUUGAAGUCUCGAAAUGUACUGAUCGACGCACAGAGUGGCGCCAAGCUGAGCGAUUUUGGCAUCUCGCGUAACCGCAGCUUUGACGAGACCAUGACUGCUGGUGUGGGCACGGCCCGCUGGAUUGCUCCAGAGGUCAUCUUAGGCGGACACUACACGGAGUUUGCUGACAUUUACUCAUUCGGUGUGGUGCUAUCUGAGCUUGACACGUGCAAGGCUCCGUUUUACGACGCUACCAAUACCAACGGCGGCAAGAUGCAGGAUGUGACGAUCCUACAGCUCGUGUCAGCUGGCAAGUUGCAGCCGAGCUUUAACGAGUCGUGCCCGUCGUCUAUUGUGAAGCUGGCGCGUGCGUGUCUAUCGUUUGACCAUGCGCAGCGCCCAAGCGCCAUCCAUAUCUCCUAUGAGCUGCGCAAGAUCAUGAAGGACGAGUUGUAG